AUAGUACAACUCUGCCUCGCCGCUAGUCAGUCUGAACGGUGCUGCAUGGCAAGUCUCAAGGGCAAGGCAUGCAUUAGAGAGAGAUUCCCCAACGAAUGCAAAGGAAAAGUAAAUACAUUGGAAUUAAACAGGGAUUUGUACAUGCUUGAUGAAUAAGAUAUACAGUAUCUGGGCUGGAAACCUUGGAAUUUAAGACUUUUUCUACCCAAGCUUGUUUUAUCUUGAGAGAGAACAACAGGUGUUCUCUAUCUCUCUGCAAAGCACGACCUUGCUGUGGUGACCCAUUCGUGGGUUUAUUUGGUCCCAGUCUCCCGACAACAAGAGGAAUAACCCUAACAAACUGCUGUAUCAGAAAGACAAAUUUCAACACAAAGUGGGAAACAUUCUCUUGGCCCCUAGCCAGGAAUGGUGGAUAACUUCCUAGUGAGUGGCGAGGACACUUUUUUACCGUACGGUGGCUCCCCACCGGCAUACCGCCUGUUGGACAUGGUGACGGACGGGGGGACCUACCAUGUGAUGCCUUCGCCCUUCUCCGAGGAUGACCUGAGCGAGUCGUCCAGCCCUCGCUCCUGCUCCAGCCCCGACUCCCAAGUGCUCAGUUCCAGCUAUGGCAGCAGCUCCAGUGCCGAAAGCUCAGACAGCAUCCUGGACCUUCUGCUGUCCCAGACCUCCCUAGGCGGGGCAGGGACCGGGGUGGCCAUCCCCAUGUCACUGCCCACCUUUCUGUGGGACUCACAGAGGGACGCGCCAUCCCACCCUCACCCAGAGGCCUUGAAGGAGGAGAGCGUGGACUUCCCGGUCUGGUCCUUAGUGGACAUGGAGGAGCCGUCCUUCCAUCCCACCUUAGAGGAGAUAGAGGAGUUCCUGGAGGAGAACAUGGAGGUGGUGUCGUCCAUGAAGCAGGAGGCCCAGGAGGGGGCGCUGGGGCCGGGCCUGGAGGAGAUCUUGGGGCUGGGGGUGGGACUGGAGGUGUACAGGGAGUCCUCAUCCCCAGGGCCAAGGCUGGAGCCAGAGGCCAAGCAUUCAGACCAAACUGUGCCGACCGCAAAUGCUGCCACCGUCACCGAGACCAAAAGCACACCCGCCACAUCGUCACAGGAGUACAACGAAAGCCCGCACAACGACGUGUUCAAGAGUGGUUCAUUAUCCAGCAAGCCAGGAUCAACACAGAGCUGUGAAAAUGGUGGCAGCCCUGGAAUUCCGGUCAUCCUGCAGAUCCAGCCCAUUCAGAUCAAACAGGAACCUGGUGCCACUGUUCCUCCUCCUCCGCCUCCUCCCACAGUUGUCCAGCCUCCUCCUCAGUCGGCAUCGGACAUAAAAAUUGCCCAGCUGCUGGUCAACAUCCAGGGGCAUACCUUCGCCCUGGUGCCCCAGCUGCUUCCCUCCACCAGCCUCAACAUCUCCUCUAAGUUUGUGCGCAUCGCACCGGUGCCCAUCGCGGCCAAGCCCCUGGGCCUCGGUGAGGUGGCGGUCGGGGGCCAGGGCCAUGGGCUGCUGGUGGGGGGUCAGAAGUUCCAGAAGAACCCAGUGGCGGACCUUAUCAAAAUGCAUAAAUGCACUUUUCCCGGCUGCACCAAGAUGUACACCAAGAGCAGCCACCUGAAGGCCCACCUGAGGAGACACACGGGGGAGAAGCCCUUUGCCUGCACCUGGCCGGGCUGUGGAUGGAGAUUCUCACGGUCGGAUGAGCUGUCGCGGCACCGGCGGUCCCACUCGGGGGUCAAACCCUACCAGUGUCCAGUGUGUGAGAAGAAAUUUGCCCGCAGUGACCAUCUAUCAAAACAUAUCAAAGUCCAUCGCUUUCCCCGAAGCCGGACGCUGCGCACAGCAAACUGACCCCAUCCGGAUCAAUCUUCAAUGGACAUAGACCAAGGGAGCACGGAAUGUGUGUGUGAGAUGUGAAUAUGUAUGUAUGUCAGAGUGUGGUAUGAGUUAUAUGUAUAUAUAUAUAUAUAUAUAUAUAUAUAUAUAUAUAUAUGAGAGAGAGAUUGUGUGUGCCUUGCCUUUUAGAGAAAUAUUGUGCUAUAAUUUAUUGUAGAAAGCAAAAACAAUGAACAACCAUGUGAAACCAACAAAUGACACUUACCAUCUUCUCAUUAAUCAACAUACCUUGAGAUUCUUGUUGCUGUUGGUGCUUUUGCAUGUUGUACUCUUUUUAUUUGUUUUUAUGUUCAGUCUUCAUCUAUUUCAUUAAUAGGUAAGAUAAGCUUUUUCAUUUGAGGUGAAAUGUAUAAUUGCUUCAGUAACAGCCUUCUAUUUUACCUGGAUAUGACUGCCUUUUAUCAUGUUAAGAGCCAAUGUCUUUGACAUUCCUCAUCUGUCAGGUUAAAGUUUUCCUGGAACUUUCUCCAAGUCAGGUUGAAGUUUCCCCAGAAACGUUGUCCUUGUUUUUUUUCAUUGUCACUCAUAGCUCAUUGACAGAGCGGGUAGAGAAUAGUUUACUCAUUCAGCACACUGUUUAUGCAAAGGGAGGAGCAGAGCCUAUUGUCAAUUCUGUACAUGAACUACUGAUAACAAAUAAGAACACGAAUAAGCUACUGGGACUCUCAAGUUUCAGAAAAAUUUCACCGGCUCAGAUUCUGAUACAAGGUGGGUGAAAGUAAAAGAAUGGCAGAGAAAAUGCAAAUCGAAAAGCAAAAAAAGAAAGAAUUGUGCACGGUAAUGAUUGUUGAUUGUUUUACGUCUAAACAGGCCUUCCAGGCAGUGUUGUGUAUUUUUUGGUAUUUUUCGUGUAAGUGGCUCAAGCCAUUUGUUAGACACUCGUCUGGCCUUAAUCCACCACAGCAUCCUUACCGGGGGAGAAAAUAGUAAUAUAACAAGUUAUUCAUCACAGUUUUAUGGAGAAAUGGUGAUAUGGUUUGAGACAAUGAGGAAAGGGAAUUGAAAAUGUAUCACCCUUUACUCGCUCAGCAUACACCUCCAUUUUGCUCUCCGUUUUACAGUUGACACAAAAUCUGCCUCAACUCAACAACCUGAUCUGUUACUGGAAUACCCACAAGCCUAUGUUGGCGUGAGGUCAUCAUGUAUGUGGAUACUACUACACCACGGUGCUGAACACCCAGAAGAACUGCUUUCUGGGAACUGUAGUCACAACACUUAUUUAGGCCAUGACACAGUCAUUACUUUUGAUGUCCUGUUUUCUCUUGAAACUUGUUUGUUAUGUAUGCCAUGCCCUGUUGUGAAUAUGUAUGGUGAGAGAGAUACCGUCCAUGCAGAGUUCAUGUACUGUUCGCAGAUUAAAAAGCAGGGGUACACGAUAUUGUACAUCAUUCCUUUCAUUCAAUUUUUGAAUUUUUAAUGCUUGUUUAAACACAGGUGUUUUAUCGCAUCCUAUGAAUGUAUGUUAAUACCCCGGAGUGUACAUAGCUGCAUCCAUGCGAAAGACACAGAAGACUAUAAUAACAUAUCUUAAGUCUGUGGUUGUGAUGAUUUCUAGUGGAACCCCUAAACGUGUACAUAACAGAACGUUUCAGUACAUAUGAAUAUAUUAUAUUUUUUUUCUUUGUUCUACCCAAGAUGCAUUUACAAAUAAAAAUGGAAACAAUCCUGUGUA